AUGUUUUCUCGUACAUCCACCGUCGCCUUCGCCCUAGCGACAUUGCCAUCAUUCACAGCAGCAUUACCACCUCGAUCGAAUGUCUGCAAUGUUGAGCAACCUACUGAUGGCACAGAUGCGGUGCCGAAUAUCCUCGAUGCCAUUGACAAGUGUGGGACAGAUGGACGGAUCGUGUUUAGCGAGACUACGUACAACAUCUCAUCAGUCAUGAAUACAUACUUGACGAAUGUGGAAGUGGAUGUUCAGGGGACGCUGCAGUGGUCAACGAACAUCGACCACUGGCUCAAUACCAGCCUUCCUGUCGGUUACCAGAAUCAGUCUACGGUUUGGAUCUUUGGCGGUGAUAAUGUCUGGCUUCAUGGUGGAGGAGUUGGGACGUUCAACGGAAGUGGUCAGGUUUGGUAUGAGUCAAUUAUUGCUUUCUUCGAUAACUAUCCAAGACGCCCGCACCAAAUCACCCUCGGCAACCUGACCAACUCCGCCAUAACCGGCCUCAACUUCUACCAAUCCCAAAUGUGGACCAUGUCCAUCAUCAACUCCAGCGACCUCCACCUCGACUCCAUCACCAUCAACAACUCCGACGCCCGCCCAGGCCACGGGUACCCGCAAAACACCGACGGCGCCGACACCCUCUUCUCCAACAACAUCACCUUCACCAACUGGACCGUCGAGUCCGGCGACGACGCCAUCUCCUGCAAAGCGAACAGCACCAACAUCCACAUCGCCAACUGUACCUUCCACCACACGAACGGUCUCGCCAUGGGGAGCAUCGCACAAUACAACGACAACUUCGAAAUCAUCGAGAACGUCACUGCCACGAAUAUCUCUUUCUACGACUCCACCCAAGCCGCCUACCUCAAAACCUGGGCGGGAAUCCCCUCCGGCAACAACACCUACGGGCCCUACCCACCCAAUGCCGGCGGGGGCGGACGAGGCUAUAUCAAAAAUCUCACCUUCUUCGACUUCACCGUCUCCAACAUCGGCCAGGGAAAAUUCGCCCCUUUCAGUAUCACGCAGUGCUAUUUCGCCAACGAGUCCAUCCCGAAUAUUUGCGACAGCAGUACCAUGCAGAUUUCGGAUGUUGUGUGGGAGGAUGUAAGGGGGACGGUGAAUAAUUCGGGAGGGGAUGUGGGCAGUUUUCAGUGUAGUGGCAGGGUUCCUUGUACGGGGAUUGAGGUUAGGGAUGUGGAUUUGAGGGAUGUGGGGGACGGGAGUGUGCUGGGGGGGGGGUAUCUUUGUAGUAAUGUUAGUGAGCCCGUGGGGUUUGAGUGUACGGGGGUUACGGGGCAGACUUGA